AGCUAUCUCAUCGUCAUUGACCAGGAGGUGUGUGCAAGGUGUACGGAUAGAGAGUAUAUAUUGAUAUACAGAUAUAUCAGGAGAUUGUGUAGAUGCAUAGUAGAUGCAUAGUCGAUGUAUAGUGUAUGUAUCUAUAUACCGAUACAUGUGCGUAGAUAAUAAAUGCUCUAGGCAGUAGGGUUACCCUUGUUUGCCCAGUUUCCUGUUUUCACAUGCCAGAGGCAAAUCUGGCUGCGUGCCUGCCAUUGGCUGGGCGGGGCACAGCUUGCGACUUUUAAAACGCCUUAUCAUCGACGGUGCAGCACAUCAUGCUACUCUUCCCUCUCGCUGUUUUGCUUCUCUUCUCUCUCAUCACUUUCGUACCUGGCCCAUCCCUUUUUCGCCUGUGUCACACCCUCACCUGACUGAAGAAUCGUGAAUAAGCUUCAUGCCUCACGCAGAGAGAGACACCAUGGGAGAACCUACUAUCAACGGCGCGCAGCCCCAUUCUCAAUUCAUCUCACACCUCACCUCUUACCCCUUCGUCUCCGACUCCAUCACCAUCAUCAAGAGCAACAAAUACGGCGCCAAGUCCUUAACAUACGCUGACCAAGGCUACGAGCGAUUUGCGAAGCCCUAUCUGCCAUACCUCUCCACCCCCUACGCCUAUGUCGCCCCCUACGUCGCCAAGGCCGACACUCUCGGAGAUCAGGGACUGAGCAAGGUCGACGAGCGAUUCCCCAUCGUCAAGGAGGACACCGAGAAGAUCAAGAGCACAAUCAUCGACACCGCAUACUUUCCCCUCCGUCUUGCCGACGAUGCCCGCCAGCACCUCUUUGACACCUAUGGCGCCGAGUACAAGAAGUGCGGUGGCGACGGCUAUGUGGCCAGCGGCAAGGCUGUCAUCACUACAGGCUUGGUGAUCUCGCAGGAGUCGCUUGCCUGGCUGAGCAACACGCUCGCCGCAAAGAAGGAGCAGGCGAAGGAGACCGUCAACGAGAAGAUCAACCACUAAACAGUCAUUUGAAACACCACGCUGAUGAAAUGAAAAUGUUUGUCUCAUGUUUCCAAAAGUCAUUGCAUGGCUCAGAAGGAAAGUUGCUUAUGGUGGGAUUUUUUUAUUCGGAUGAUUAGCAGGCCUCAAUUCUUGACUGAACUGAAUACUCGACUCGUUUUUAUUAUUACCCUGAUAUGUGAGGUAUUGAGAUAACAUUUCUCUACUCUGUUUCUCUGUUUAUAGACAUUUUUAUCUAAUGAAUGCAAGACGCUACUUAAUCUGCUGGAUUUAAACUUAAUACGAAUCAGAGCGCUGUAUAUAGAUCAAACGCCAUAUACUAACUGCAGUACUUGACUAAUAGAUAUCCAUUUCCA